AUGGCCUGCUACGAGUGGGCGGAAGAUUGCGACAUGCACCAAUCCCGUUCGACCGAAAGCAUCCCAAUUCAACCAUCAGUGGCAAACAUCAGUGAUUCCUGCAUCGACGAUGGCAUCCAGUUCAAGUUCAUCCCACCUCGCUCACCCAACUUUGGAGGUCUUUGGGAGGCGGCAGUGAAGUCUUUCAAAACACACUUCAAGCCAACCGUUGGGAACGCCAUCCUCACGAGCGACGAACUCAACACGCUACUGAUCCAGAUUGAAGGAUGCCUCAACUCUAGACCACUUACACCACUCUCCAAUGACCCAUCUGAUCUGGAAGUGCUGACCCCAGGUCACUUCCUCAUUCAUCGCCCCAUCGUAUCCCUGGCCGAACCAUCGCUGGAAAAGCUGCCGUUCAACCGUCUCGAUCGCUGGCAAAAGGUGCAGGAGUUUGUCCGUCGGCUAUGGAAACAUUGGUCAAUAGACUACUUGUCCGGACUACAGCAGAGAACUAAGUGGACCAAGCAGAAGGACAACGUGAAGCUGAAUACCAUGGUGCUGCUGAAGGAGGACGGUCUACCUCCAUCGAAAUGGUGUCUUGGCCGCGUCACGCAGAUCAUCAAGGGAGCUGACGACAACAUCCGAGUGGUCAUCGUCAAAAACAAAAGAUGGAGACUUCAAGCGUGCCAUCUCUAA